UGUUUCCGGCCGGACAGCCGAAAGCCACCGAUCCUGAACCAGCAGCCGGAGUCAGAGUGGCGGCCGGGUGUGGAGCAGGCAAAAAGCCACUGGGGGAGGCCAGUCUCGAUCAGUCCCAUCUGGCUCCGACUCCUGAUCCUGUGCGGACCAACAGCCGCGGUCGCAGUCUCCGCCACCGCCUCCAUCGUCGUCGGGGGAGGGGCCGGCCGGACCCCGGGGUCACAGCCGAGGAAUGAGGAGAGGCGGCCGGGCCCCGCGCUCCGCCCCGGCCUAGGGCCUUGCCCCGGGAGCCGCGAGGGUGGAGGCCUGACUUUUGAUCUAUGUCCUCUCUACAUCAGCUGCCUGAAAGUACUUAAUGAUCACAUGACCCUGGACAUGGAUGCUGUCCUGUCGGAUUUUGUCCGUUCCACAGGGGCAGAGCCAGGACUGGCCCGAGAUCUCCUGGAAGGAAAGAAUUGGGACAUGAGUGCUGCCCUCAGUGAUUUUGAACAGCUACGUCAAGUCCAUGCUGGGAACCUGCCCCCGCCCUUUAGUGAAGGGAGUGGUGGCUCCAGGACCCCUGAGAAAGCGUUUUCUGAUAGAGAGUCUGCUCGCCCUCCCCGACCCACCCUACAGCGGCAGGAUGACAUCAUUCAAGAAAAACGCCUGUCUAGGGGCAUCUCCCACGCCAGCUCCAGCAUUGUUUCCCUGGCCCGGUCCCAUGUCUCCUCCAAUGGUGGGGGUGGGGGGAGCAGUGAGCACCCCCUGGAAAUGCCCAUCUGUGCCUUCCAGCUUCCAGAUCUCACUGUGUACAAUGAAGACUUCCGCAGCUUCAUAGAGAGAGACCUCAUUGAGCAGUCCAUGCUGGUUGCCCUGGAACAGGCAGGGCGUUUGAACUGGUGGGUGAGUGUGGAUCCCACCUGUCAGAGGCUGCUUCCUUUGGCAACUACUGGAGACGGAAACUGCCUCCUGCAUGCAGCCUCUCUUGGGAUGUGGGGUUUCCAUGACAGGGACUUGAUGCUGCGGAAAGCUUUGUAUGCCCUGAUGGAAAAGGGAGCCGAGAAGGAAGCAUUAAAACGGCGCUGGAGGUGGCAGCAAACACAGCAGAAUAAAGAGUCAGGGUUGGUAUACACAGAGGAUGAAUGGCAGAAGGAAUGGAAUGAGCUGAUCAAGCUUGCCUCAAGUGAACCCCGCAUGCAUCUAGGUACCAAUGGAGCCAAUUGUGGUGGGGUGGAGAGUUCAGAGGAGCCUGUAUAUGAGAGCCUAGAAGAAUUCCACGUCUUUGUCCUUGCCCAUGUGCUUAGGAGGCCCAUAGUCGUCGUGGCAGACACCAUGCUGAGGGACUCCGGUGGGGAAGCAUUCGCCCCUAUUCCCUUUGGGGGAAUCUAUCUGCCCUUGGAGGUCCCAGCCAGCCAGUGUCACCGCUCACCUCUGGUGCUCGCCUACGAUCAGGCCCACUUUUCUGCACUUGUGUCCAUGGAACAGAAGGAGAAUGCCAAGGAACAAGCUGUGAUCCCACUUACAGAUUCAGAGCAUAAGCUGCUGCCCUUGCACUUUGCUGUGGACCCUGGAAAGGGCUGGGAAUGGGGCAAAGAUGACAAUGACAAUGUCCGAUUGGCCAGUGUAAUCCUGUCCCUAGAGGUCAAACUGCAUUUGCUUCAUAGCUACAUGAAUGUGAAGUGGAUCCCAGUGUCCUCUGAUGCACAGGCUCCCCUGGCCCAGCCUGAGUCCCCCACAGCCUUGGCUGGAGAUGAGCCCCGGUCCACUCCUGAGUCUGGGGAAUCAGACAAGGAGUCAGUUGGCAGCAGUUCUACCAGCAAUGAGGGCAGCAAGCGGAAAGAGAAGUCAAAACGAGAUCGGGAGAAGGACAAGAAGAGGGCAGAUUCUGUGGCUAACAAACUGGGCAGCUUUGGCAAAACCUUGGGGAGCAAGCUUAAGAAGAACAUGGGAGGCCUGAUGCACAGCAAGGGUUCUAAGCCUGGAGGGAUGGGAAUGGGGUCAGGGGUAAGCAGUGGCACUGAGACACUGGAGAAGAAGAAGAAAAACACACUGAAGAGCUGGAAGGGUGGUAAGGAGGAGGCAGCUGGGGAUGGGCCUGUAUCUGAGAAGCCUACAUCUGAGUCUGUUGGUAAUGGAGGUAGCAAGUAUAGCCAGGAGGUGAUGCAAAGCCUGAGCAUUAUGAGGAUUGCAAUGCAAGGGGAGGGGAAAUUUAUUUUUGUUGGAACCCUGAAGAUGGGUCACCGUCACCAAUAUCAGGAGGAGAUGAUCCAGCGCUACCUUUCUGAUGCGGAGGAGAGAUUCCUGGCAGAGCAGAAGCAGAAGGAGGCAGAGAGGAAGAUUAUGAACGGAGGAGCAGGGAGUGGGCCUCCUCCAGCCAAAAAGCCAGAGCCAGAUGGCGGGGAGGAGCUGCUGACUGCCCCCCCAGCAGAGUCCAAGACAACGGCAUUCUCUACUGGCUACCCUGGGGGCUUUACUAUCCCUCGGCCUUCUGGGGGUGGAGUCCACUGCCAGGAACCCCGGAGGCAGUUGGCAGGGGGUCCAUGUGUUGGGGGCCUACCACCAUAUGCCACCUUCCCCAGACAAUGCCCUCCUGGGCGACCCUACCCCCAUCAGGACAGCAUCCCUUCUCUGGAGCCAGGCAGUCACUCCAAGGAUGGAGUUCACAGGGGUGCAUUGUUACCACCCACCUUCCGCGUUACUGAUUCCUAUAGCAAUGGCUACAGAGAGCCCCCUGAGCCAGAUGGAUGGGCCGGAAGUGCCCGGGGGCUUCCCCCAACCCAGACCAAAUGCAAACAACCGAACUGCAGCUUCUAUGGACACCCUGAGACAAACAACUUCUGCUCCUGCUGUUACAGGGAAGAACUGAGGAGGAGGGAACGUGAACCCGGUGGGGAGUUGCUGGUGCACAGGUUCUGAAUGAGGGAACCUUGGCGGGCAAGGGGGCUAAACAAAGAAAGUUAAGCUCAACUAAUUGGCUCAUCAAGACCCAGCCCCCAUGUUGACGGGGCAAAUGCAGUAAUGUUUCUGGGAGCCUGGCUAGAAACUUUGAAGUGUGUGUGCCCUGGAGAGCUGCCAGGCUGGCAAGAGCAGGUCAGGGCUGGACGGUGCCUCGUGGGCUGUACUAGUCCUUUGCCAAUCUUGACUUGAUGGGACUGAGGAGGUACAAGGGGGGAAAGAUGGUGAUUCUGUCGCAUAACCCCUUGGGUCUAUCCCAGGACCAAAGGGAAAGUAGGAGGGGAAGGUUUGGUGUGUGGGGGUGGGGAGGUGGGCAGAAGUCUGGAGGAGGAACAGGCAAAGGAGGUUCUCAGUUAAUAAAAGAAAAAGCAGACCAAAGUUCUUUUAGGUUGGAAAAAAGCACAUGGUGGUGGAGUCGGGAGUGGGGAAAGAAAAUGGGAAAUUACACAAAUUUGCUAUUAAUUUGAAUUAAGGUGGAAAUUAGGGUUGGAUAAAUUCUUCCUCCUGAAGGAUCUGGAAAGACAAGGCAGUAAUGUGUGCUCAUGGGUGCUUAUUAGGAGGGAGGUAGAUUAAAUUGGUUUAUUGAGAUGGGUAAGGGAGGAACUUAAAAGGAGAAUCCUUUUCCUCUUAAGUUUUACUUCCUUCUAAACAGCCAUCGGUCAUCUGUUCUAGUUCAAGAGGAGAUUGCUGAUUGCCCCCUAUCUUUUCCUCAUCCUUUUUGAGGUUUGAGCUCAGCUAAGUUAAGAAGGUUGUGAUUUUUUUUUUUAAGACUUUAAUUUUAUUAAAAAAAAUUCCCUGUGGGGAAGGGAAGAGCAGCGGUGUGUGUUGGAUUUUCUCCAGGUGAGUUGGCACAGGGGUGAUCUUUUUUAACUACUUAGCAAUAACCACACAUUGCGGUUUGAAUGCGCCUUGGGAGGGGUAGGAGAAGGACAGACGUUUGGCCAGACUGUUUCAAACAAAACCAAAAACCUGAAUAGAGCACUACCAUCCUCUGCUGCUGUGUUUCUGUAGAAAGCAACUUAUUUUUUUGACUAUUUUUUUUUUUUCCGGAAAAGAAACAAACAAAAAGACCCCAGCAAGCAAAAACAUUUUAAAGACUGAUAUUUUUUUUCCUAUUUAAAUGAUUCUUCUUCCUCUCUACUUUUGGAGAAAGAACGUAACAUCCCGGCUUCUUUUGUUAAGCCAUAGCUGACCUUAAUCUGUGGUUAGUUUAUUAAAAUAAUAAAAAAAAUUUGUAAGAGAUAUUUUUGAUAAUAGGACUGAUGUUGAAACAUGGGAUAGGGGUUAGGGGCAAUUUAUAAAAAGGUAGAGAAAUCUAUUUUAGUGAACUAUAACCACAGAUCACAGAUUACUCCCAAUGAGCUGAUCUGUCUUUGGGUUUCCCCCUUUCCCUGACCCAACCCUUUCCCCCAGGGGGUGGGAGUGGGCCUGUGGACACAAUAGGGGGAGCUCCUUUGCAUUUUGCACAAAGCACAAGUCUGGACAGCCUAUGCUCUGGCCAGCACCAUUUCUAAGAGCUUUAAACUGGAGGACCUAUCCUGGGCCGAUUUUCCUUUUUCUUUAUUUUUUUUUCUGGGGAAAAAAAUCAACUAUGCAAUUGUAUACACUCCUGGGUGCAUAUGAAGAAGGGGAAUAAGUAUACUUAAGUGUCCAGAGUGUUACUUGGGGCUAUUUCUCUGUAUUUAGAUUUCUCUUUUGAGGUAUGUACGCAUAACCCAUCCCGUGGAAUGUAAUCCCCACAUUUGAUCUAAGGCAGAGAUAGGCUGGGUGUAUGUGUUGGGUGACUCGUAUUUGCUUCUGCCCAAUCAGGAAAGUUGUCAUCAUAUUUCCCCCUUGGUAACAAAGCCAGCCAAGACUGUCCUCUUCAUUGGAACUUCUCACAGUUUAGAAAGGUUCCUUUCUCCUCAACAAACUUGAAAGUCACUUAUUUUCCGAAUCGGAUAGUCUGUUGGUUUAAUCAUGUCCUAUGGCUAUUAAUUCUUAGGCUUUUAUCUGAAAAUAGACUGGUGUUAGGCAAGCAAUGAGGUCAAAGGAAAUAGGUUCCAAAGGAGGGAAUGUAUAUAUAUCUGGACUGGGACUAGUAUGAGAAGAGCACUCCCCUCAGGUACAAAACUUAAGAGAGUGCCGAAAAACUCAGUAAUCAAGAUAAAUACUGUUUUAUUGCAGUAUUU